AUCCGCAAGUUUCAUUCCACCAAUAAUGCUACAGUCUUCUUUUGGACUUGUGAAUAUUCUGUCGAGAGUCGAGACCUUAAUGGCACCGAAGAACCCCCCCCCCCAACGAACAGUGUCUCGCACUGUAAAGAAAUGCCCUCCUCGUAAUUAGAUUAAUUUGCCAUUAAUGUCCAUUUCGGGAGUUAUAACUGAAGCUUGCAGUUCGACUUCAACAAUGGACUCAGACACAAGCAGCUGUACAGAGAGCCAGUCCCAGGCAGAGUCUGAUCGGCAAGUUCUAGCUACACCCAUGAGGCCACCACUCAACCUGAUAGAGACUGGAGGAGGCCUGAAGGUACAGACGACCACACCUCACCUGGUUGGCCUGGGCAGUGGCCGGCUCAGUGUUGCUAUCACACUUAUGCCCCUAAAUGAAGGUGUGACCCGGAUUGGCAGAGAGGAUGCGUCCGUACCUCAAGACAUCACUAUUGAGGGCCUGGGUAUAGAGGCAGAGCAUUGUCGUAUUAUAAACAGAGGAGGAGUCAUCACCCUUCACCCUUCCGGAAACCUGUGCUCACUUGAUGGAGUCCAUGUCUCAAAGCCAACAUUGCUGACACAAGGAUUCACGCUCUGUCUGGGUAAAUCCUACUUCUUCCGCUUUAACCACCCUGAGGAGGCCAGACGUAUGAAGAGCAUGCAGCCCCAGAAGAGUCCUGUCGCCACUAUGGGCUACAGCUCAGACUGUGUAAAGACUGAGCACAGCAAUGGCGGCUCAGUGGGUGGCACCAUGAUGAGAGGCUCCCGAUCGAAGGCGGAGCUGCAGGACCUGAUGGAGACUCUGCAACGCCGGAAGAGUGCUCUAGAGGCUAGCCUGAGGGCCAGCGCAGAAUCUACCCGUACCUACCUAAGCCUGCCCCCUCCCAGCCCCCUGUCCCCCACGCCCCCAGGAGUGCCGAGCGCCCCCUCCUCCAGAGGCCUCCCCUACAUGACCAGUAGUAGCAUGCCCCCCUCCCCUCGCCAGGGUGAGCGUCCUCUCAGCCCCAAACCACCAUACACCCGCUCACGCCACCAAUCACAGGACAGCCUGCUCCUCUCUAGCUCCUCUGACAGGCAUUGCCCAAAUGUAGCCAGUUCUCUCCUAUCCAUGUGGAAUGGUUCCUCUUCCUAUGGGGAGCCUGCACACAGUCCUCCUCAGGGCCACAGUGGGGCGGCCAGCAUGCCCUCCAGCCCUCGCCUAGGUCGCAGGGUCUAUGCCCAGGGCCGGAACGGGGACAAUGGUAUGGACCCUGUGCCACGUCAGAGGAAGUACUCUACAGGGUCACUCAACGGCCUGGGCUCUACCCACAGCCGCUCUCUACCCCGCCUCCACCGUUCGGCAGACUCCACAGCCCUGUCCCUGCCCCCACGCCGCUCCAUGGGCUCCCACAGAGGGGAGAAGGGUUCUGUGUCCCUGUCCUCCAAAACGAGGCGCAGCCUGUCUCCUCUGGAGCGGCCGCCAGACGUAACAGUGCUAGCAACAGCCAGCGUACCGGGUACUCCCCGCAGGGCCAGCCUGGCCUCUCUGGCCUCGCUGGGCUGUGAACUGGAGCAUGGGGGCCUGCGGGGCUCCUCACCCUGCCUGGACCUGGGCUUGGGGGAGAGGAGGCAGUCCUUUGGGAAGGGUGGGCUGGGGCUGAGAUCAAGAAGAGGCAGCAUCAGCUCUCUGAAUGGGAAGGAGGAGCUUACAGACUACCACAAGCACCAGAGAGACGAGAGGCUCAGAGAACAGGAGGUGCAGAGACUGGAGCACCAGCGGCUGGGGACCAUCCUGAGCCUGUGUACUGAGCUGGUCCAGGACCAGGGCGGCUCGGCCAUCUCCGACCUGCAGAAGAUCAACAAGGAGCUGGAGAAGCUGCAGGAGUCUGAUGAUGAGUCAGUGUUCUCCGACUCCCCCGGCAGCGUCAAUGGCACCGCCCCGGAGAACGGCUUUGGCACCAAAGCCCGGGAGUACCAGCUGGCUGAGGUGCGGCAGGUCCGCCAGCGCCGCCACAGCGGGCACAGAGAAGCCAGGGAUGCCAGGGCCCAGUCACCUGCUGUCAGCCUGCGCAGCAUUGUCCCCUCACCCUCCCCUCACCACAGAGCCAGGCAGCAGGCUACGGAGGACAUGCAUCUGAAACAGGAAGUAACGCGUAUCGAGGAAGAGAGGAUCCAGGUGCUGAACAACAUAGAAGAGUUGGAGCAGAAGAUCAAAGACCUGGACAACCAGAUGGAGGAAUCCAUCAGAGAGAUGGAGGUGGAGCGGGCUCUGCUGGAGGGAGAGCAGGACUCUGAGAUGGCCCUGCUACAUAGGGAGAAGGAGGUACUGGACCAACUCAAUGAGAAGAUUGGCAGCAUUGACAAGCCUGUCCUCACAGACAAGUCCCAGGAUGUUGAGGUGCUGGAGGUGGAGAGGAUGUGUAAUGAGGACCUGGAGUUCCAGCAGCUGGAAAGAGCGAGUAGUCAGGACGAGGGGAAGGAGGCUCAGACCCAGCAACUACUCAGAGAGAUAGCAGAUUACCAGCGUAGUACUGUCACACGCAAGGAGAGACUCCUGACCCUGAAGAAGCAGUCUACACAGAUUACUCAGCAGUCUCAGCGAGAGAAGGACAGCUUCCUAAAAGAGAAGAACAACCUGCUCCUGAUGGUUCAGAGGGAGAGGGAGAACCUGGCUUCUCUGGAGAGGAAGUAUGCUGAACUGACUGGAGGGCAGGCCUUCCCUAACAACCCUGUUGCCAUGAAGGAGCACUUCCGCUUUCUAGAGGAGAGGAGGCGGGGCAGUAAGGAGAACUCCUCCCACCUCAAUGACACUCUGCCACGUAAGAGGAGCCAGCAGGCCCUCAGUCACUACAGCAGCUCUACCCUGGGCCGCAGCCUGUCCCCUAAGUCCCACCUGCCUCUUUCCCAGAGCUCCAGCUGUGGUAGUAUCAUCCCCCGGGGCCUCUCUAUCUCUCCCAGAGUUCUGGAAACUCGACGCCUGCUCAAGGCAGGCCAUAGCCACUUGUACAUGAGUGAGAACAGACAGAGACUGGUUGACCUGUGUAGCAGGACCGUGUCUGAGUCCAAUGUCUUCCUGGACCCCUUCCACUACGCAGACAAUGGCCAUGGCUUUGACACACGCAGUAUGGACAGCUCUGACAGCAUGGAGACCAGCAUCUCUGCCUGCUCCCCAGACAACAUCUCCAGUGCCAGCACAUCCAACGUAGGAAAGAUUAAGGAGAUGGAACGUUUGUUACGAGAAGCCCAGGCUGACAAGCAUCGACUCCUUGAGCACAAGGAGCGUGAGAUGGAGGUACGUAGGCAGGCCCUGGAGGAGGAGCGGAGGAGGAGGGAGGACCUGGAGAAGAGACUGCAGGAGGAGACCAGCAGGAGGCAGAAAAUGAUCGAGAGGGAGGUGAAGUUACGCGAGAAACAGAGGGCACAGGCCCGGCCGCUGACACGCUACCUCCCUCAGAGGAAGGAUGACUUUGACCUCCAUGGUCACAUCGAGGCAGCUGGACACAACCCAGACAACUGCUACCACCUGGCCAUCACAAAUAAAACCUGCAGAGGGUUCCUGGUCAAGAUGGGUGGUAAGAUCAAGACCUGGAAAAAACGCUGGUUUGUCUUCGACCGGAACCGCAAGACCCUGGCCUACUACGCAGACAAACAUGAGGUCAAGAUGAAAGGGGUCAUAUACUUCCAAGCUAUAGAAGAGGUUUACUAUGACCAUUUAAAGAAUGCACACAAGAGCCCCAACCCAUGUCUGACGUUUAGUGUGAAGACCCAUGACAGGGUGUACUACAUGGUGUCUCCCUCCCCUGAGGCUAUGCGCAUCUGGAUGGACGUCAUCGUUACAGGGGCGGAGGGAUACAUGCAAUUCAUGGUCUAAACCAGUGGCGGCUGGUGAUUGGCUGAAUGCCCGGGGCGCGAGGUGGUUGGAGUUGUCAACAAAACAGCAUGACAUAUGAUGCCAAGUUUUCGAGCUACUGGUAGUUUCUUUGAGAAGAUAUAUAAAGUGAUCUGUGCAUUUGAACAACAGCAUAAAUGACCACUGCUGCACAUGCUUCCACUGUUUUGAACAGAUUAGAUUAUACUAUUUAGAAUGAGAAGCAGGUCACGAACGAACAAGAACGUAACAAGCAUGCAGAUGCAGUAAGUGAAAACACAUGAUCUAACUGGGGUAAUAUAGCUAAUAUACUGUCACAAAGCAUGAUGCGCUAGCCAGUUCAUUCUGAAUAUUUUCCAUAUUUCCGAGUUAGAUAUUAGUUUAGAAAGACCUGAAAUUGGUAUGGGAGCUAACUACCUAGCAAGUUACCAGAUAGCUAUAACUACCUAGCAAGUUACCAGAUAGCUAUAACUACCUAGCAAGUUACCAGAUAGCUAUAACUACCUAGCAAGUUACCAGAUAGCUAUAACUACCUAGCAAGUUACCAGAUAGCUAUAACUAGCUAGCUGCUUGUCAAAGGUAGAUAACUGGUUAAUUUGACAAAAAAAUCUACUAAACUAUUUCUCAAUGUUUAUAAAAAUGACUGUAUCUGGCUUAAUGAAUUUGAUCAUGCUGUUUCAGUUCACACUACAUGUCGCCCUCUCACCUACAAGAGAACCAAAUGAGCAACUUGGGGGGAAACAAUACAAUUGGCCAGCCACCGUCAUGCUUUUUUGUCCUACCAGAUCCCCAAUGAGAAAGUUCUAGCUAGUGUAUCCCUCUGUCUUUCGACACUUGUUAGAUGUAGAUGUCAGGUCCCAGGCUCCAAUGACUGUUAUGGUUAUUUAUUUACAAGUUAAUUACAAUUAGAUUGUUGCUUUGGCGCCAUCUGUACCUGAUAGAGCACACAUCUGUACCUGAUCUGGCGCGAGAGACUCAUUGGGAGGGAGACUAGAACAGACCCAGAAGUUCUGAUCGAGCACGCAUUUGAGCGCCCCAGGACAGUCCAUUAACUUUGUACUGUUAUAAUUUAUGCUAAGAAAUCCAGCGAUUUCAUUGGGGCAGUUCCCCCUCAUAGCAAAUAGUGGGCAAAACAAUAUAAGCAAUGUUUGCAUGGCAUAUGCACCCGCGAGGGACAGAGUAGUAAGUAACUGAACAGCUGGAUUUUAACAUUUUUUAAAUAGGAACAUGUACACAUUUACUGCACUUUUAUGAGCAUUUAAAACAUAAUUCAUGAAUUAUAUAAUAUAUACUGUAUAUAUUUUUUAUACAAAUAUUUUUUGUUGACCAAUCAUAAUUGGGGCACCGCCCCUAAUGGGCGGGCCGCUACUGGUCUAAACAACCCCCCAUCCUGACCACAGACUCUCAGAUGACUAACAAACAGGGAAUAUACUCUCCUCCAGGCCCAUCGGUGCCUAAAAGACAAAACAAGUUGACUGGUCAGGUUUGAGAACCUCUGUGACCCUUCUGGUUUUUAGCUUUGUAACCACUUUUAUUUCCGUCUUACUUCAGUGAGCCCAGCUCUCUCCUCCUCUUCCGGAUUCUGCUGAUGUAAUGGUCAUCUGAUACUUCGCAGUCUAGCAUGGAAGGACUUCCUCUGGAGGAGUGUGUGCCCAGUGCCGCUUGUUCAUUCGGAAAGGACUUACUCAGACGAUUCUGAUACUUAUCGUUUUAUGUUUGGAGAGGAGCCUUUUGGCACCUUAACAUGGUUUACCCUCAUGAUAUUUCAGGACUGUUAAUGACCCAGAGUCUAUGUCUGAGGUGUAUUAUGUAGUCUGAUAGGCUCAUAUUAUUCAGUAGAAUCAUAGGAUUGAGGCUGCCAUUGGAGAUAAUAUUAUAAUAUAUGCCAUUUCACAGACGCUUUUAUUCAAAGCGAUUUACUGUCAUGCAUGCAUGUAUUUUACGUACGGGUAGUCUGGGAAUCAAACCCAUUACCCUGGCGUUGCAAGGCCCAUGCACUACCAAUUGAGCUACAAUAGAGCUAAUGCCUCUACUUCUCUGGGUUGAGAAGAGGACCAGGGCCUGGUUUCCCAAAAGCAUCUUAAGGCUCAAUGGUUCUAAAGAUGAAUUUAGCCUUAAGAUGCAUUUGGGAAACCAGGACCACAUUGAUUUAAGGAACACAAGCUGUCCCAUCCUUUUCAUCAUCCAAAUUGAGCUGGCUGUUGAUUGGUCAACCAAAGCUCUCCCUCUGUUUUCCUUCCAGCUGGACAGUCUCUUUUUUCCCUCAAACACUCCCUCUCUCUCCGGGGCCAAACCCUCCCGAGACUGUCUAGCACCUGCACAGACUCAGAGGACAAUAUGUCCCUCCAGUGGAAAACCCAAGGUGAUGCACAUCACCGAUGUGUGUCCUUUGUAUCCUGCUGUUGCUUAGGAACGUGGAGAUAACAGGGGAAACACUGAAACACCAGGGACUUGAAGGAUUUGAAAGUACCUCUCUCAGCACUAUGUACCAAAGACAUACCAUGUCUGUAUUUAAUAUGGAAAUCAUGGAAAUGGAACCUUAAGGCUCCACAAAGGGCUACUUACCGGGUGUGGAAGGCAUUGUGUGUGUGUGUGUACCUUUCGUGUGUGCCAUACAGCUAAAAUAAGUUAGCAAAAACAUUCCAGGGCACUUAAAGUACUAGUUCAAAUGAAAUGUUUUAAUGGCGCAUGGCAUUGUUUGUGCCUUCAUCUGAGUUGUGUUUUAUGACAUGUAGUGUAGUAUCAUGCUGCCAGUGGAUGGGUGCAGCUCCCUACCCGAUCAAUGGGCUCAUUCAUUUCUGAAAGAUUGAGAAGCGUUGCGUCGUGCCUAAGAACAGCCCUUAGCCGUGGUAUAUUGGCCAUAUUUCACAAACCUCGAGGAGCUUAUUGCUAUUAUAAACUGGUUACAAACGUAAUUAGAACAGAAAAAUUAAACGUUUUGUCAUACCCGUGGUAUACGGUCUGAUAUACCAUGGCUUUCAGCCAAUCAGAAUUCAGGGCUCAAACCACCCAGUUCAAAAUUUGAGUUAUUACACAGUCGCUAUAAAACCUGUGCAGUACUUGGAUAUACUUACUACUUUUAAAAUGACUUUUUGGGUCACAAAUAAUGGCACAUUAAUUUAUAUUAGUUUAAUUUUCUUUUUGUUUUUUAACAAAUAUAUUCAUAUUUGUCAGUGGUAUGUGCAUGUUGAACAUACAAAUCAGCUAUUUGUGUGAAACCAAAGAGCAAUGCUGCAGUAUUCUAGGGAGAUUAUAUGAAGUAAUGGGAAAAAGAAAAUGCGAUUCUACUUAUUUGACCCAGGUAUCUUAGCUGAUAUAUUUGUAAUUAUGACAAUGUUCUGAUAAUUGUAAGAUGUAAUGAUACUGAAAUGGCUCCCUCAUUCACCAUGAAGUCACAGGUAGAACGUAGUAGCAAGGUCCCUGACUGUCAACGAGGUGACUGCGGGAGUAUUAUGAAGAGGUGCGUUAUGAAGAGGUGACUGCGGGAGUAUUAUGAAGAGGUGACUGCGGGAGUGCACACGAGACCAAUUAUCUUCACUGACAGUGUUGCAGAGGUGACAGCAGGUUAGCUCACAGGGAAUCUUUCACAGCAUUAUGAAGAGGUCACUGACAAGCUCUCUGUGACCAGUUGUCUUUUAAAGGAGGAUCCCCUAUGUGCUCAGUCUGUUUGACUACACAAUACAGGCACACUUUUCAGGUAUUUUCCAUGUAUAAGUUACCAAGGAAAAAACUCAACAUAACUGCAACACUUUUUUGAUGCAUUUUAAAUAUAUAUUUUGCAUUUUUAUAUGAACAGUGUUAUUGUUAAUCCUGCAUGUUUUUUAAACAAAUGUAAGAAUAAAUCAUAUAUGUUUACUAA